AUGCUCCGAUUUUCCAGAACAACAACGAAGCCCUUGUUUCAGGUUUUUCCUUUUCCUUUUUCAUCAUUCUUCUUCUUCUUCUUCUUCUUCUUCUUCUUCUUCUUCUUCUUCUUUUUUCUUCGUUUUUUCUACGUUUUACGAAUUUAUUCCUUUCUUUUCUUUUUUUUCUUUUUCUUUCUUUUCUUUUUUCUUUCUUUUUUUUCUUUUUCUUUUUUCUUUCUUUCUUUCUUUUUUUUUUUUUCUUUCUUUUUUUUUUCUUUUUUUCUUUCUUUCUUUCUUUUCUUUCUUGUUCCUGUUUCUACCUUACCGCUUUUCUCGUUCAUUUUCCUCCUAUUUUUUUUUGUUAUUUUCUUUCUUUUAUAUUCUUUUUAUCAUCUUUCUUUGUCUUUUAUUUUUCUCUGCCUCUCUUUUUAUUUUCUUCUUCUUUUUUCUUUUGCUUUCUUUUUUAACCUUCUCCUAAUUUUACAACUUUUUGCGAUUAUUUUCUUCCUCUUUUUUGUUAUUUUCUUUCUUUUUUCUUCUUUUAUCUUCUUUUUAUCUUCUUUCAAUUUUUUUCUCUUUCACCUCAUUUAUUUAUUCAUCUUUUUUUUCAUUUUCUUUUUAAAAUUCCUUCAUGCUACAACAAUAAAUACUUCUUUUUCUUUCUCUGUCUUUGUCUUUCUUUUUUCUCUUUCUCUUUCUUUUCUUCUUUUUCACGUCUUUUUAAUCAUUCCCAUUUUUCUUUUACCUUCCUAUUUUUUUUUCAUUUGUCUUCUUCCUUUAUUUUUCUUUCACGUUUUGUCGUUCAUUUUCUAUAUGUCUUUCCUUCUUCUUCUUUUAUUGCGAUUAUCUUUGUUUGCGCAUUUCUUAUAUUUUCUGCUUUUCUUGUGUAUUUUUUCUUUCAUCAUUCUUCCUUCGUUUCUCUCUUUCUACGUUUUGUCCUUUUUCUCAUUCUUUUUUUUUCUUCUUCCUUUCUGUGUGUAUCAUGUUUCCUACUUUUCUUCUUUUCUUUCUGAAUUCCUCUUCUUUUCAUUUUUCUCUAUUCUUUUCUUCUUCUUCUUCUUCUAUUGUUUAUUAUAUAUUCUUUUUAAUUAUGGUCUUUCAUUUUUUUCAUCCAAUUUUCUUUUUUCAUUCGUUUUCCUCUUUCUUUUUAUGUUCCGCCAUUUUUCGGCUCUCUUUUUUUUUUUUUUUUCUCUUAUUCCUACUUCUUUCUUCUUUUCUUUUUUCUCUUCCUUUCACUUUCUUCCUAUGUUCUUCUUCUUUUCUUCCUCUUUUUGUUUCUUUUGUUCUUUUUUCUUUCUUCUCGUUUCUCUUUCCUUUUUUCCUCUUUCAUUUUCUCUUUAUCCUCUUCUCCUUGUCUCUUCUUCAACACCUUUUAAUCUAUUUCUUCUUAUUAAUUAA